AUGUCACUUACUUCUGUCCAAACUGGGUGUGUCUCGGACUCACGCUCGUUAACUCCAAUCUGCAGUGUACCGUCAGCCAAAGAAAAGGAACAAUUAGAUCCGAACAUGGCGAAUCCACGUCUUCUUAUCAACCGUGCUCUCAUCUACGAGCGCCGACUACCUGGUGAUGCUUAUAUCACCGCGAAUGUCCAGCGCCUCCAGCAUGGAUAUUACUCCAGUGAUGCCGUAUCAGACGGGGACGCUGAACACGUAGAUUUUCUCGCUAUUGCAUUCACCUUCCAUUCGCCCCACACUAUCGCGCAUCGCAUCAAGUCCGCCACUAUCAGUGUUUCAGUUCGUGGAAGCCGUGAUCUUUCAAGUUCAAAGUUGUACCCUUUUGGAUAUCCACCCGGUAACCCACGCUUCCUUAUGCAUGCGCCGCAUCUGCUCUACGGCAGUGUUUCUCCAGAGACCAUGGAGUGGACAUUCAGUCUGGCUGGGUCCCUCGGAAUUUCAGAACUUCCCGUCAGCGCAAGCGUCAUUCCCUCGGGGAGCUUCAAUGGUCGGUACAAGCGGUACGAGAUGAUGCGCAUCCAAGGCUCCGCACGUACGUUAAAAAGCCCAUCUGGCAGCGAUUUCGACGUCGAAGCUGGCAGAAUCGUUUGGUCCAUGGAAGAGAACAAUGUCCAGCGAUCCGGUCUGCCGCGCGAGUUCACCUUUGUCAUGUUGAUCCAGAAACCCACAGCAAAAAGCAAGAUUUCCCUGUCGAUUGACGUCGACCCCGUCAUCGACGCGAUGAUUGGCAGUUACCCAUCAUUGCUGCUGAAACUGCCCGAGUACCAACCGGUGCCGCGACGGGGCGUCAAUUUCCAACAAGAAAUUGGACAGCGGUUUGAGCCCGUGGACCCGGUGCGCGGGUUCAACUUUGCAGAGCUCGGGAGCAUGUUUGAUGAGUAUAUCGCCAUGCCAGGAAGGAAGUUCAGCCGUCAGAUCCAAAUCCCAUCUGAGACCAGCAUCUCUGAGAAUCACCAGGGCACCUACCCAGGCCAGCAAGGGUCUCUAAACCUAAUCCCGUACCAACAACAACUGCAGAACCACAACCUGGCCCUGAAGAGCAAUAACCUCUCUUUGCAGAACCACCUCUUACGGACAACCCUUAGAACCCUCUGGACUACCCAGCCGAGGGAAGAAACCCAAUUCUUCUCACCCACUUCCCAUCCCCACCCAACACCAACAACAUCCACCAUCCCCCAAGCAGCCGCCAUCACAAUACCUCUCAACCUGCAUCUCCACAUCGACCCCGCCACCACACACCUCACCAACCUGCCACGGACAAGCCCAGGCCCCUCCCCCCUAGGCCCGCGCCGCACACCAAGCCUACGGCGCACGCAAGCGCGGGAAUUCCCAAAGGCUCCUCUCCACGCCUAA